UUUCAGGAAAUGUUGAUGCCGUAGGGUCGAACCUCUUUGGUAAAUUUAGUAGAAUCUCUUGGUUAUUUAGAUACUCGCUACCGAAUAACUAUAUAAAUUGAGUUGGGGAUGUAUCACCAAGCAUCCAGCACUAUUCGAAGCUUCUCCUCUCAUCUCAAGUAUUUUUCCUUCCGAUUCUCCGAAAGUAACGAAAAUGUUCGGAUCGACCGCUUUCGUCUUAUGCUUCAUUAUUCAAUUGCAUUGUUCAUUAUGCUCCAAAUGGAUUCAUCACGAACCUGCUCGUGAAUGGAACGUCGGGAAGCAUUGGGAUAAAGAUAGCACUGCUUGGGGCGGUUUUCGUGCAUCACAAGGUGGAAAAGCUGGCGCAAAUGAGUACGGCGAUAAAAGACACGAAUACACUGAUAGAGAUCAUGCGGGUUUCGCAUAUGGCAGUAAAGGAGCCGCAGACGGAUUUUCUAAAUUUGCAAAACAUAUUACUGAUGGAUAUGUUGCUGAUGCACUGGAAGCUGGAGAACAUACACUUUCUGGAGCCGAAGGACGCAAAAAAUACUCAUACUUUACGCAAGGAUCAGGGCCGCACGGAUUCUACUCCAAAGGAUAUUGGGGAACUAAUGGUUAUGAUCACGAAGCAGCGAAGGAAGCCCAUGUAAAAGAUGCUAAUCAUGGUGGCUUUAAAAAAGGUUACGAGCAUGCAGAUGUUGAUCACGGAUUGGCACAUUCUGCUUGGGAUAAGAUCGCACGUGGCAAAAGUAGUCAUGAAUAUGGCCAUAACCACGAUGCCUGGAAGGAAGAUGUCAAGGGGUGGGGCAGCAGCGAACAUGAGGAUGGAUGGAAAGAUUCCAGUGAUGAGCACUUCCAUAAUUACCAUCACGAUAGCGGAAACUGGGAUUAAUCCAGAAGAAACGCUAAUAUAAAUUUUAGAUCUUUUAUUAAUUUCAAUUCCGAUAUAAUCUCAUUUAAAUUCGGAUUUCUUAUACGUUCAUGUUUUGUUUUGUUGGACAUAAAAAUAUAUUGCUGCAGUCAAAAAAGUGAUAAAAAUCUAG